GUGGGACCAAUAAGGAUGGCCUCUCUCUACAAACCGUUGUUGCUUAACUGCUGGGCUCCAAAACCUCUCGGCCGUAUCUUGGUAUACUUUUAUUUGUUCGCGGUAUGUCAAAAAUCCCCUGAGAGCGAGCACCUCCCCCUCCCUCCUAGCUGCUGCAACGAGACCAAAGGUUAUCUCUCCCCCGGCGGGGGCCGAGCCGCCGCUGUCACCGGCGGUACGCGGCAGCGGCCCAGUGCCUGCGUUGGGAGCGGGGCAGGGCUGUGCACCGCCGGGGCCCGGCAGGCCCGGAGCCCCGCCCGCUGCUCGGCACCGCAAGCCCCAACCGCCGCAAGGGCCGUAACGCCCGCCCCGCGGCCCGGCCUCGCGUCCCGCCCCCGCCGGCAACGGGCGGGGACCUGGGCGGGACGGUGUGAUACCGGCCGCUGCCUGGCGCCGGCAGGCAGCGCGGCGGUUCCUCUCCCCAUGGCGGCCGGCGGCGGUGGCGGCGGCGGCGGGGCGCCCGAGCGGCCCUACGAGCUGGUGGUGUUCGGGGCCUCGGGCUUCACCGGCCAGUUCGUGGUGGAGGAGGUGGCGCGGGCGGCGGCCGGCGGGGAGCUGCGCGGCGCCCUGCGCUGGGCCGUGGCCGGGCGCAGCCGGGAGAAGCUGCAGGCGGUGCUCGAGCGGGCGGCCGAGAGGCUGGGGAAGGCGGCGCUCGGGGCGGAGGUCGGCGUGCUGCUGUGCGACGUGGGCGACGCGGCCUCGCUGGCCGCCGUGGCGAGGCAGACCCGGCUGGUGCUCAACUGCGUGGGCCCGUAUAGAUUCUUUGGAGAGCCUGUGGUAGAAGCUUGUGUUGAAAAUGGUGCAAGCUGCAUUGACAUCUGUGGAGAACCCCAGUUUCUGGAAGGAAUGUACCUGAAAUACAACGAAAAAGCUGCGGAAAAGGGAGUGUAUGUCAUUGGAAGCUGUGGCUUUGACUCUAUACCAGCUGAUAUGGGAGUACUGUACACCAGAGACAAGUUGAAAGGUACCUUAACUGCUGUUGAAAGUUUCCUGAAGGUGAAAUCUGGGCCUGAGGGCUCUUGUGCACAUGAUGGGACCUGGAAAUCAGCUGUUUAUGGCCUUGCGGAUCAAGACAACCUGAGGAAGCUUCGAAAAAAGAUAGGAUAUGCCCCUGUUCCAGUAGUUGGUGCAAAACUUAAAAGCAGAGGACUUGUGUUUUACAAUCAGGAAUUCAAAGAGUACUCCAUUCGAUUCAUGGGAUCUGAUGGUUCCGUUGUGAAACGGUCUCAGUGUUACUUGCACACAGAGUUGCAGGAAACGCCUGUGCAGUAUGGCGCUUAUGUGAACAUUGGUGGUCUUGGCUCUGUUAUCAAGCUGAUGUUUGCCGGCAUUUUCUUUCUUCUUCUUGUGAAGUUUAGCUUUGGAAGAAAACUUCUGACAAAAUACCCGGAAUUUUUCUCUGCUGGAUUCUUCACAAAGAAAGGACCAACCCAGAAACAGAUGGAUGGAACCUCUUUUACAAUGACUUUUUUUGGCGAGGGUUACAGUGAGGGGCAAGACCCCCAGUAUGGCAAACCAAAUGUAAAGAUCUGCACUGAAGUGAAAGGACCAGGUAUGUAUGUCAGUAGCAGCUAACUGCUUUUGCCUUACAUUCCCUACUCGAAAAUAAGUUUAUGGUUCCAAUGGUAUUCACCCUUGAGGAGCACUUGCAGCAUGGACAAAGUCAACAGCCUUUACAGACUAUUACCUUGGAUAGUAGCAUUCACUGUGAGCUGUUUUUUGAAAUAGCCACUUCAUUUGCUGCCU